CCAACUCACACCCAUCAUCUCUCAUAUACCGGAAACUGUUGACUAAUGGCUGAGUUAAACGGAUCAGGAGGCCAGUACACCGACUUCCCAGCUGUACCGACACACGGAGGCCAGUUCGUUCGGUACAACAUAUUCGGUAACGAGUUUGAGAUCACAUCAAAAUAUCAUCCUCCUAUCAUGCCUGUUGGUCGUGGUGCUUAUGGGAUUGUUUGCUCGAUGCUGAAUUCGGAGACGAAUGAGAUGGUUGCCAUGAAGAAGAUCAUGAAUGCUUUUGAUAAUUACAUGGAUGCUAAGCGAACGCUUCGUGAGAUUAAGCUUAUGCGACAUUUGGAUCAUGAGAAUGUAAUAGCUAUAAGAGAUGUAGUCCCUCCGCCUGCACGUAGAGAAUUCUCGGACGUUUACAUAGCAACCGAGCUAAUGGACACUGAUCUUCACCAAAUCAUCAGAUCAAACCAAAACUUAUCAGAAGAACAUUGUCAGUACUUCUUAUAUCAACUUUUAAGAGGCUUGAAAUACAUUCACUCAGCUAAAGUCAUUCAUAGAGACCUUAAGCCUAGUAACUUGUUGCUAAAUGCAAAUUGUGACUUGAAGAUUUGCGAUUUUGGACUUGCGCGACCAAAUGCAGAUAACGACUUUAUGACUGAAUAUGUUGUCACAAGAUGGUAUAGGGCACCCGAACUGUUGCUUAACUCUUCGGACUAUUCGGCUGCUAUUGAUGUCUGGUCCGUUGGCUGCAUUUAUAUGGAACUUAUGAACAGAAAGCCUUUGUUUCCUGGUAAAGAUCAUGUGCAUCAAAUGAGACUAUUAACUGAGCUUUUAGGUACUCCUUCUGAAUCUGAUCUUGGGUUUAUCAAGAACGAGGAUGCGAUAAGAUUUAUCGGUCAGCUUCCCCGACAUCCUAGGAAAUCAUUACAAGAUACGUUUCCACAUGUUCAUCCGUUAGCGAUUGAUCUAGUUGAGAAAAUGUUAACAUUCGAUCCAGCCAAACGUAUCACAGUCGAAGAGGCGUUGGCGCACCCUUAUCUUGAACGAUUGCACGACGUUGAAGAUGAACCAAUAUGUCCAAACCCGUUUUCAUUUGAUUUUGAGCAACAAGUUUUAGGAGAAGAACAGAUCAAAGACUUGAUCUACCAGGAGGCAUUAGCACACAAUCCAGAGUAUGCUUAAAAAAAAACAACCAUAAAUCUUAACUUGUACCAAAUAAAAUAUACUAAAUUUUUCCAUACUCAUGAGAAAUAUGCAACUGAGUUGCAAUUAUGUUGUAUAACUAAUCAUUGUUGUUUUUUUUUUCUUUUGAAUUUUUUUUGGUUCAUCGAAGAAGACAGGCUUCUUCGAUGGCGUGUGUGUUGUGGUAACAAGUAAUGAGUUUGUAAACUAAAGUAUAGGAUGUUAUAGUGGAAGUCUUGAUCAAAGCAAUGUAAUGAUGUAUACAAAAUUGUAUCAGUUGUGAACAAUUAUGUUACUUCUAUUUUUUUUUUUUUCUGUAA